AUGAAGUCUCCUAGGAUAAUAUCUCUAUUUUGCUCUUGUAUGCUUUUGUCACACGAUAUCACCAGUUUGAGCCCUGCCUUAGCUUUGGAAGACUGUGAGUUUCCAGCCAUCUUUAACUUUGGAGAUUCAAACUCAGAUACUGGUGGAUUGUCCUCAUCCCUUUAUCAAGCACCCCCACCUUAUGGUGAGACCUAUUUUCAUAAGCCGGCCGGAAGAUUCUCAGAUGGCCGGCUCAUAAUCGAUUUUCUCGCAAAGAGUCUUGGUCACCCCUAUCUAAGCGCAUAUCUGGAUUCACUUGGGACCAACUUCUCCUGUGGUGCAAACUUUGCCACUGCAGCUUCUACCAUCAGGCUGCCAGAUCCCAUUAUACCAGCUGGUAGAUUUAGUCCCUUCUACCUCAAUAUUCAGUACAUGCAGUUCAUGCAACUAAAAUCCAGAUCACAUUUUGUAGGGGGGAUAUUUGCAAGUUUAAUGCCCAAGGAGGAGUACUUCUCGAAAGCUUUAUACACAUUUGACAUUGGUCAGAAUGACCUUGGCAAAGGGUUCUUUGAUAACCAGACUAUACAGGAAGUCAAUGCAUCUGUUCCUGAUAUAAUGAGUAAGUUCUCAACAAAUAUUAAGAACAUUUAUGAUUUGGGGGCAAGAUCGUUUUGGAUCCACAACACUGGCCCAAUUGGUUGUCUCCCUUACGUUUUAGCCACUUACCCAUCAGCCCAAAAGGAUGAGUUUGGUUGUGCAAAGUCUUACAAUGAAGUAGCUCAGCAUUUUAACCACAAGCUACGGGAGGCCAUAGUUCAACUUAGGAAGGAUCUGCCUUUGGCUACGUUCACUUAUGUAGACGUUUAUUCUGUCAAAUACUCUCUUUACAAGGAACCUAAAAGAUAUGGGUUUGAGCUCCCACUUGUUGCUUGUUGUGGGUAUGGUGGCAAGUACAGCUUUAACAGUAGUGCUGAAUGUGGAGGAACAGUUGCAGUUAAUGGAAGCCAAAUAUUUGUGGGUUCAUGCAAACGGCCAUCGGCUAGAGUGAAUUGGGAUGGCAUUUAUUAUACUGAGGCAGCUGUCAAGUUUGUCUUUGAUAAAAUUUCAACUGGAGCAUUUUCAUAUCCACCCUUCCUUUUGAAACAAGCAUGUCAUAGGAGUUUAGACUACUAA